CUUGCCCGCCAUUCCUGUAAUGGCUGCUUUCCGGUCAGGAGUGUCGCUGGUAACCUCUUAGCCUCGGCAGCCGGAGCUCCAAGGAGGGACUGUUUCACUUCGGAUAGAAUUUUAUAUACACCCUUGUUUGGGAAAGUUCAGCCCUCAAGAGCCCCACAUCAUGAAUUCAGUUUCAACACAAUUGAUCUUAGUGUUUACUUCACUGCUCUUGCUUCUGCCUGGUGUUGAGGCAGUAGAAGCUGGGGAUGCAAUUGCACUCUUAUUAGGCGUGGUUCUCAGCGUUACAGGCAUCUGUGCUUGCUUGGGGAUAUACGCAAGAAAGCGAAACGGACAGAUGUGACUUUGAAGGACUCUUCUGAAUUAGACUUCACCCUGACCACACUGAAAACCAUUGUGCUAUGGAGGCCAAACCUGAGGUUUGAUCUCUCCUGUUCCCAGCAAGAGGCUGCAGUUAAGAGCAUGGUUUCACAGUCUUGUUUCUCAUAAGAUGGGAGGAGAUGGGGUGGGGUGGGAGUGGGGGCUUUUACAAUGAAGAGUGCGUGUGCUAAUAACAUGGCCUAUACUUUGUAUUUGCUGCUUAGGAAGGCGGCCAAAGAGGGCUUCAAUUUGCAGAAGUAUUAUUUCAUACUAUCUAAAUUGUUAAAGCACAUGAAAUUGGAAGAAGGAAGUAUUUGCUCAGAAUCUAGUAAAUCAACAUUGUUGCUGUAUUAAUCACUGCCUCUUGAAUUCUGCGGGAAACUUUUUCUCCAUAUUUUUGUUGCUGUUCUGUCUUAUCUUCCUAUUUGAUAUUGAACUUAGAUAUUAAAUAGCCAAAAAUUGAAACUUUUAUUUCUGAAAAAAAAUUAACUAAAAUGUACUCAAGAUAUCUAAUACUAAAAUGGAGAAAAGAUUU